GGCUUACUCACCAAAAGUAUCACCUCAAGCUCAAUGCAGUACACCCAUUCUCAUCGCGGUUUACCUGCCUUAUGUUGAUCGCGUUACAUUGUCUUUGGCAGUAGGUUCCGUACCAGCGGCGCGCUCAUCAAUCCUUCAGAUAGAAGAUCAAGCGAAACAAGAGAGAACAGUCAUCACAAAAAGAAAGACCAUGGGACUACCGGCAAUGAGACCCCUCCUGCUAGCGGGCGGCAAGUCGACCCGGAUGGGCACACCCAAACACCUCCUCCGGAUGCCCGACGGAACACCCCUGUACCGGCGGCAGCUGCAACUGCUACGCACCAUCUUCCCGGAGCCGCAGACGAUCUUCAUCUCGCUGGCGCAGGAGUCCGAGACAGACGAGUUCCUCGACGAGCUGCUGGCGCAGGCCGCCAACCAGUCUGCCGAAGUGGAGGACUGCAAGACGCCGCCGCCGAGGAUACAGGUUCUACGCGACUUCCGGCCCGCAAAUCCGGACGCAAAGCAUGCUACUGCCGGCGGCGACAGUGGCCCCGCCGCGGGACUUUUAGCGGCGUACCGCUACGACGCGUGGGCGUACUGGGUGGUGCUGGCGUGCGAUUACCCUCUGAUCCCGGCAGAAGCCUUCUUCCACCUGUUCGUCAAGCGCGACGCCGUGCCCGUAACGUGUUUCCGCACCGCCGAGGGGGUAUGCGAGCCGCUGCUGGCGAUCUGGGCGCCGCCUGCGCUGUCGCGUUUGGCGGAGCGGGUCGCGCGGGGGCAUCCGCGGCCCGAGGAGACGGCGAGGGAGCUUGACGGGUUGAUGGUUGAUGCGCCGGCGGGAUGCGAGUGGUGGUUGACGAAUGUGAAUACGAUGGAGGAGUGGGUGAAGGCUGUGGAGGAGAUGAAGUUGGGGCCGCUUGGGAGGGGGGGAAUUGCGCCGGAGGGUAUUAUUGGAGAUGUUGUGUAGGAAAAUUAAACUUCAUCACUCUUAUUAACAUAUUGACUAGCGAGCGUUGAUA